AAUGCCAACACUAUAAAUAUAAGACUUGUGGACCAACUCUCUUCUCAUUCCAUUUUCACGUUUCCCCUUUCUAUUCUCUCUUUUGUCUAUCUUUUCUUCCACCCAUUUCCCUGUUCUUCCAUUUUCAUUUCAAAUUCCCAUCAUGGAGGACGCUAAAGUUGAUGGAGCCAUUUCUGUGGCAUCUGCAUUUGCUGCUCACCAAGAAGUUGUACAGGAUAGAGACCAUGAAUUCUUAACAAAAGCUGUAGAAGAAGCAUACAAAGGAGUUGACAGUGGACAUGGAGGCCCAUUUGGUGCAGUUGUUGUUCGAAACAACGAAGUAAUAGUGAGCUGCCACAAUAUGGUUUUGCAUAACACUGAUCCAACUGCUCACGCCGAGGUCACUGCGAUAAGAGAGGCUUGUAAAAAGCUCAAUCAAAUUGAGCUCUCGGACUGCGAAAUCUAUGCAUCUUGCGAGCCAUGUCCAAUGUGCUUUGGAGCUAUCCAUCUCUCAAGAAUUAAGAGAUUGGUUUAUGGAGCGAAAGCUGAGGCUGCCAUUGCAAUCGGGUUUGAUGAUUUCAUUGCAGAUGCAUUGAGAGGCACUGGAUUUUAUCAAAAGGCUCACUUGGAAAUCAAGAAAGCUGAUGGAACUGGUGCUGUUAUUGCCGAACAAGUGUUCGAGAAGACCAAGGCAAAGUUCUCAAUGUACUGAUUGUUUCUUCUCUUUUUUAUGGGGGGGCUCUCAGAAAUAAUCUAAUGCAUCUAUGUACUUCGUUGAAGACUUCAUUUUUAUGAACUAUAAUUGAAAAUGAAAUGUCAAUAAUUGUUUCAGUGUCU